AUCAAUCAUGGAUGGAUGAAACUCAACAAAUACUAUGAGCUUACAGACCGCUCUGCUGCAUAUGUUGCUGCCCUUGUCUUCCAUACUGCGUAUACCUGGAGUUAUCUUGAGGGUAUCUGGAGGUUCAAACCAGCCUGGAUAUCUAGCGCAAAGACAAGGGUU